UAGCUGCCACUCACGUUGAACAGAAACACCUCUUUAGCGAGCAGCUUCAUACUUCUCCUCAUGUGGGAAUGUGUUAAGAACAGAUAGAAGUUAAGCUUCAGUUGGGUUGUUGAACACUGGGCAUUGAUCAGGUCAGAGUGGGAGGGCAGCAGGCGGGAUCACAGAGUGAAAAAGUUUUCUCUUGGCUCCGCAGUUCCCUCAGUGUUUGAGGAGAACAUGGCCCCUGAACUGAAGAGGCGCAAACGUCAAUGACUCUGGAGCUGCACUGCUGAAGGAGAUGAACAUUAUCAGCCAUCUGUCCUGGUUUUUUCGAUAAAAAAAAAAGAGGGUACAUUCGUGUGAGCCAGUAUGGGGGACUGGAACUUGUUGGGGAAGCUGCUGGAAAGCGCCCAGGAACACUCUACUGUUGUGGGCAAAGUCUGGCUCACGGUGCUGUUUAUCUUCCGCAUCCUGGUGCUGGGAACGGCCGCUGAGAAGGUUUGGGGCGACGAGUUGUCGGGUUUCACUUGUGACACCAAGCAGCCCGGUUGUCAGAACGUCUGCUACGACAAGACCUUUCCCAUUUCUCACAUCCGCUUCUGGGUGAUGCAGAUCAUCUUUGUCUCCACACCAACCCUCAUUUAUUUGGGCCACAUCCUUCAUCUGGUCCGCAUGGAGGAGAAGCAGGGUCAGAAAGAGAAGGAUCUGGCCAUGCAGAGUGAAAAGCAUCAGCAGUUACUUGGACCCAAGGCCAAGAAAGCGCCAAUCAAAGACAACCAGGGCCAUGUGCGUUUGAAAGGCGCACUCCUGCGAACCUACGUCUUUAACAUUGUUUUCAAGACCCUGUUUGAAGUGGCAUUUAUCGUAGCUCAGUACUUCCUGUACGGUUUUGAGCUCAAGCCUAUGUACACCUGUGAUCGCUGGCCUUGUCCUAAUGUGGUGAACUGCUACAUCUCCAGACCUACAGAGAAGACGGUCUUCAUCCUCUUCAUGCUUGCUGUGGCCUGCAUCUCCCUGCUGCUCAACCUUGUCGAAAUGUACCAUUUGGGUUUCACAAAGUGCCAUCAAGGCCUCCGUUACCGACGGUCCCAGGCCGCUCUUGAAUCUCCAAAGGCCCUCACUGAGACAGUCAUGCCCUUCGUUCCAAGCUAUAACUACUUUGCUGGACAUCCUGCAGUGCCUGAACCUUUCCCUACAGACCCAAAGUACAGCAUGGCCGAGCCGAACUCUGCUUACAGCCCCUACAAUAGCAAAGUGGUUUACAAGCAGAACAGAGACAACAUGGCUGUGGAGAGGAAAGGUAAAGCAGAGGGAGAUGAUGUGAGGAAAACUCCCCUGGUCUUUGAGAUGCCUGUUGAAAAUCAGCGCCGAAACAGUCAGUCAAGCAAGCACAGCAAUAACAAGAGCAGGCUGGAUGACCUGAAGAUCUAAGGACCUUAUCAAGGAAGGAAGGAACAACAAGAGUAUCUGUUAAGAAAUUUGCCGGCAGUUAUGAAAGAAAAAUAAAAAAAAUUUGAAUAGAUCCAAAACAGAUUGCAUUUGAUAUUAAUUUAGGUGAUAUUUUGCAAUGAACAUGGACAGAUUUGUAAACAAAGAAUGACUUCAAAUGAAGAACAAUUUGUCAAACUGUUCAACGAACGUUUAGCUAACGGGACUUUUUUUUACGAGAGGUCGUUAAAAAUAAGCUUUUACAGAACAGCUUGGACAUUGU